CUCAUCCUCACAUCAUCUCCGCACACGCCACCAUGCUGUCUCGACUUGGCGUGUCUGCCUUCAGGGCAGCAGCUGCGCCCGCAAAGCAAAGCACCCGCUCCGCCUCGACACACGCUGCCUCAUCGUCCGCUCAGCCCUUCUGGGCCUCCAAGACGGCUCUGGCUGGUGCGACGGCUCUCACUGCCGGGUCGCUGAGCUGGUACGCCCAUCAGUACGGCUCGAUCCCCUUCGUCGACAACCUCCAUGCCAACAUGGUGGACGAGGGUCUCCACUCGCCAAAGUACCCGUGGAGCCACAACGGCAUCUUUGACUCGUUUGACCACGCCUCCAUUCGACGUGGAUACCAGGUCUACCGCGAGGUUUGCUCUGCUUGCCACUCGCUCGACCGCAUCGCUUGGAGGAAUCUCGUCGGUGUUGCCUUCAACGUCGACGAGGUCAAGGGAAUGGCUGAGGAGGUCGAGUACGAAGAUGGACCCAAUGACGAGGGCGAGAUGUUCCAGCGACCUGGCAAGCUCGCCGACCACCUCCCCGCCCCUUACCCGAACGAGGAGGCGGCACGAGCUGGUAACAACGGUGGUCUGCCCCCUGACCUUUCACUCAUCACCAAGGCUCGUCACGGCGGCGCAGACUACAUCUUUGCGCUCCUCACCGGCUACACUGACCCCCCGGCUGGCGUUGAGAUGCCAGAGGGCAUGAACUUCAACCCUUACUUCCCUGGCACCAAGAUCGCAAUGGCGCGCGUUCUCUACGACGGCCUCGUCGAGUACGAAGACGGCACCCCUGCCACCACCUCGCAGAUGGCAAAGGAUGUCGUCACCUUCCUCAACUGGUCAUCAGAGCCAGAGCACGACGAGCGCAAGAAGAUGGGAGCACAGGCCAUCUGCAUGCUUUCCGUCUUGACCUUGCUCAGCAUCUACAUCAAGAGGAUGAAGUGGUCCCCCGUCAAGGCGAGGAAGUUGCUGUACACGCCGCCCAAGAACGUGCACUAAGCGGAUCAGUGUGCGAGGGAUGGGAUAGGAGCAGGGGCAGGAGGAUGAAGUCGUGGAUUGAGGAGAGACAGAGAGCUUGUAGCUGGCAACAUCAGCAGCUGUGGCAAAAGGGAUGGCCUGAAGCGGCAGAGCAUCAGCAUUCCGAAGUCCUUGUACCUUGCCCCAUAGUGGUUUCGGUCGUGGCGCCUUG